UUGCGCACUCUCCCGUGCCCACUGUUAGUUCUUCUGUCUAUCUCCCCCAUGAAGCUGCCUCUGCUAGCCUGCAUCUCUGCUGCUGCUCGCGUUCCGGCUGUGCUGAAGCUGCCAGCGCCACCGUUGAGGACCGGGGUGGUCCUCGCCCAGAUGGGAGCGCCACAGCUGCCGCACGGAUGGGUUGCGCAUCGGGACGAGCAGACGGGCCAGAUAUACUACUGCUACGAGAACGGUCACUGCCAGUGGGAGUUUCCAGAGCAGCACGGUGGCGUGAUGAGCGCCCCCGACGAAGAGACCGCAGCGUACAUCGCUCAAAAGCUCCAAGAGCCGCAGAUCCGCAUCCCGCGCGCUGUAAUCGAGUUUCUUGGCACCGCGACUGCGCUCGAGCUGCUAGCCCAGACAGAGCAGGUGCAGGCAGCAGGUGGGAUGGUGGUGCCGGAAACGGGCAAUUUUCGCACUAAUGGCGGUGUCUACUAUCAGCUGCUGCGUGGCGCCACUCACCUGCCGCGAGACGCUCAGGAGGCCGCGCUUCACCGCAUCAAGGUCUCGGGCCGGAAGGUGCGGUCGUGGGAGAAGGGCCAGGCCAGCGCGCCAGGUUGGUGAUCUACGGGUACUGUAGCGUACCAGUCGUACAGAGGUACACAAUAAUGUGGUAUGUGCUCUCGCGCGCAUGCGUGACUCGUGACUGUCGUCGUGUCGUGUUGGGGCACGGCUUGAUGGUAUCGUAAAUUUUCACCGGUUCGUAUACACUUAUUCGUCAUGGGU